AUGGGCAAUUUGUUUUCUAAACCUCAUUCCACUCCUCGAGGGCCCCCAGUUGGCUGUUGCCCACUGGUUUGCAAUGCUGACCCAUCUGCCCGGGGCCACCCCGCUGCUCCAGCACCUGCCUUUCGCCCGGGUCGCAGGCUGUUCCACCGUGAUCGAGGGCCUUUACCAGCUAGCUUUUCCAUCGCGCCGAAAAGGCAGUAUCUGAUUCGUCAAACCAGGUACUCCCUUCUGGGUAUCCUUCCCUUGGUGAACUGGAGGGACUUGCCAAAGAAACUUUUCCUGUCUGCUCUUAAUUCCAUGAUGUUCGGACUCUCGAGAACCAUCAAGACCCCUCCUCCCGGGAGCAAAUUUGGUUUCCUGCGUUCACUACCUGAGCAGGAAGUCAAGGGUGGGAAGCCAGUAGUACCAACCAGUCACCUCCCACAUCCUUGCCCAAAGGGGAGUGAGGUGAAGGUCCAAAAAGAUCCUAGAAAAGGUACGGCAGAGGAAGAGGAGGAUCCCAUAGAUAUCGAAGGACUGGCGAAUCAGAACAGAGGCCCCUAUAGCAACGGGGAAACACCCUCGAUAGCUGGACCCCUGGGGACCAACCAAGACCUCACCUCCUUUAAGCACAGUCCUGAGCCUCUGGACGUCCUUCCCACGCAGCCAGAAGGCAGCUUGAGUAAAAAAGCUCAGAUGUCUUCAAUGAUCUCCAUUUCAGAAAGCCAUGUCACCGGCUCACAAAUCCCUGCCAUAGAUGUGCUGCCUACUUGGAACCCUGAUCCCCAUGCGGGGAUGUUCUCCCCCCCAAUACUGUGCAGGUCCCUAUUGCCGCCUGAGAGACUGAAGGAAGAAGUGCUGGAUAAAGACCACCAUCCAAGCUUGCCAGGCUUGCUGGUGUGUGGGAAGGAGAUACAGUGUGAAAAGCCUUCAGACUUCCCAUCAAGAAGCUCUUCUUCACUGGUAUGUGCCAAAAAUAGGCCUUGCAAGAGGAAAAUCCCCCUGCCUAGUUGCCUACCCCUGCCACUGCUGCUGCCACCUCCACUGCAGCUACCAUGGGAUAGAGGUGAACUGCCCCCUCCUCCAAAACUUCCUUGCCUAGCUCUUGCCAAAAACCUGGACACCCUGGAGAAGAAAACAGAGGGUCAGUGGAACAAGAUAAGGAAGGUCACAGAAGACUGCAGUAGCCCUCAGCCUGAGCCUUCUUUCUCCCCACCUGCCUUGGAGACUACAGACUCCCUACCUCCUGCCACUCACACAUUGCAGGCCCCGGCUACUACCACAGAUUUAGCCCACCUAUCUCCCAGCACCCCCAUCCUGUCUGUCCCUCCACCUCCCUCAACAUCUAAUGCUAAUGAGGAAACAAGAAACACAACCCCUAAAUCCCCUCCUCUUGCUAUCCCUGCUGAUUCUUUUCCUUUCUCAACUUCCAAACCCAUUUUGGGAAUUCCCCUUAGGCAGAAUGGAGGCCCUUCUCAUUCAGUCAUAGCUACAACAUCUCUUAUUUCUGACCACCUCACACCACCUAGCAUCCCAGCCUUACCCUUCCAGCCACCAUCCUGCCAAAAUGAAUCCCCAACACCCAUGUGUGUGGAUCCUCCCCCUCCUUUUUACUUACCUACCCCUUUUCCAGUCCCUCCCAUCAAUCCUCCUAUUUUACCUGAGCAGCCCAUCACUCCUAUGGCAAUCCCUUCCACCAGCGAGGUCAUGGAAUCUGCAGGUUUAACCUGGCAGCCUACUUUAGAUCCUGGUGUCACUGAUAUGGACACUACUCCUCCUUCCAAAGCUGUCAUUUUUAAUUCUCCCCCAGAUCCUGGUGUCACUGAUAUGGACACUACUCCUCCUUCCAAAGCUGUCAUUUUUAAUUCUCCCCCAGAUCCUGGUGUCACUGAUAUGGACACUACUCCUUCUUCCAAAGCUGUCAUUUUUAAUUCUCCCCCAGAUCCUGGUGUCACUGAUAUGGACACUACUCCUCCUUCCAAAGCUGUCAUUUUUAAUUCUCCCCCAGGUUCCUGGGUGGAGCAAAGGCACCCUGCAGAGGUACCAGUCUCCAUCGGCCCAUCUGUUAUGAUGGUCCCCUGCCCUACUCCCGUUUUUAACAAUCCCUUUAGCCCCCAAAUCAACCUUCAGCCCACAUUUGGGACUGCGGAUGAGCAGCAGAGAGCCUCACUUCCCCUUGCUUCCAUUUUCACCAACCCCCCAUUCAUGGCUCCAGCUCCUGUCUUCACCCAACCCUCAUUUGUGCCUCCGGCUCCUGUCUUCACCCAACCCUCAGUCGUGCCGCCGGCUCCAGUCUUCACCCAAGGCUCAGUCGUGCCGCCGGCUCCAGUCUUCACCCAAGGCUCAGUCGUGCCGCCGGCUCCAGUCUUCACCCAAGGCUCAGUCGUGCCGCCGGCUCCAGUCUUCACCCAAGGCUCAGUCGUGCCGCCGGCUCCAGUCUUCACCCAAGGCUCAGUCGUGCCGCCGGCUCCAGUCUUCACCCAAGGCUCAGUCGUGCCGCCGGCUCCAGUCUUCACCCAAGGCUCAGUCGUGCCGCCGGCUCCAGUCUUCACCCAAGGCUCAGUCGUGCCGCCGGCUCCAGUCUUCACCCAAGCCUCAGUCGUGCCGCCGGCUCCAGUCUUCACCCAAGCCUCAGUCGUGCCGCCGGCUCCAGUCUUCACCAAACCCUCAUUCAAGGCUUCAGCUCCUGUUUCAACCAACACUCCAUUCAUGGCUCCAGCUUCUUCCUUCACCAAACCCCCAUUUAUGGCUUCGGGAGUCACCUGUGCUCCAGUAGGCAGCACCUCUGUAAACAUGCUGACCUUUGACACAGAUGCUAUGGAUACCACACCUCCUUCCGAGGCUGUCAUUUUGCAGUCUGCCCCUGUCUCCACGGAAAACCACUACCCAUUUUUCAUGGCUGUUCCCAGUUCUGAGAACACACCACCCAGUGGCAGCAAUGCUUUGGCCCAUGCCUCAGCUCGUUUGCCUGCAAAGUCAGCCAAAAGACGGAUCAACACUUCCAAGUUACUCUUGGACCCAGUAAUCACCUCUCAGAAUGCAUUUGGGGCCAAUGAUGGGCAGAAGCUCAACAACUCUCUUCUGCUGGGAAACCUGGUAGCCCCAGCACAAGAUAAAAGCCUGACCUUUCCUGCAGUACAACCACCCAAUGGCAGCAUAAUGCAAUCAGGUUGGCCAGGUCCGCCAUUCACCACCACUGUCAACACACAGUCAGCCUUUGGUAAUAAUCCAGGUAUUUUCCCCAGGGAUGUAUCCACCGCUACUGGUUUUGGACUUGCCACCAGCAUGCCCAGCACUAGGGACAGUAGCUCAUUGUUUGCCCAUACCACACCUGGUCCGCUUGUGUUUAGGGGACCUGUAGCCCCAGUGGAUGAUGCGGUCAGUGUGCCCACCAUAGGCCUUACUCAUUCAGAGGCAUCCAUACCAUUCAACUUUAAUGCAGGACUAAGUGGGGCGACCAGCACCAUUUCUUUACCUUCUUUGGGCCCAAUAACCUGGGACCCAUCUGGCUGCAGCAUGGCUGCUGCAGUAGGAGGGGCAAACACCAUUCCGGCAUUUGGACACACUUCUAGUUCUACAUUCUUUCCAAACACAAGGGGCCCACCUGUCCAGAAUCCAGAUGGUGGUAGUAUAGAAAGGAACAACAAUAUUCCCAUGAUUGGAGGACCUGGUAUUCUUGCCUCUCAUCAGUACAACUGGGGCCUACCUGACCAAUACAUAGCUAGUGCAGAUGGAGAGAACAUCUCACCUGUGAUGGGAGGCCCCAGGAUCCAUACUUGCCAUCAUACUUGGAACCCAUCUGUGCAGCACACAGGGGGUGCAAUGGGGGACAGCACCACACUUGCUGUGACUGGAUACAAUUAUGGUGCCCAUACUUACAAAGCACCUGGGGCACCCCUGGCCAAAACCCAGGUAGUGUGA